AGGAAUUCAAACCUCUAAAAACUCUAGUAUGCAGGGACUGCUGUCCUGCAGCUUUUAGAUGCAUCCCUGGUUCAACACACCUGAAUCAAACAUCAUGUUUGACAGAGUCCUGCUAAUCACUAAAUCAUUGGAUUCAGUGGGGGGUCACAAUCAAACCAUUUUCAGUUGGAGAUUACAGAGGUUCAGAAGCUGAGAGGAGAAUUUUAAUGUUUGCUGCAAUGACACUGAGUUCAAAUCACACAGUGGUAGUCACAAGGACAGGGGUUGAAAGGAGCUGCUGCGCAUUGUGCCGACAACAGCAAGCAGGGUCUGAAAAUAUUUGCUACUUUUCACAUUCAAAACCAAAAGAAGAAAGUCAUACGAAGUCCCCUGGAUACAGGACACGUUUGAAGUUUUGCUUCAAGGACAGGGUGAGGAUGGAGCAAUGGGAGCCGACUGUGGAUCCUGCUGCUGAAGUUACGGAGGGGAGGCUCAGGGAAUUGGCCUCCAGGUGGUUCAUAGACACUCAGCUGCCUCUUAUUGUCAACAACGGCCUCUUCCCCAGCUGGUUCCUGGGAUUCAUCAGCAGAAAAAAUGCUGAGGACAUGCUCAGAGAAAAGGAGCUUGGCUGCUUCUUGAUCCGGCUCAGUGAUAAAGCUAUUGGAUAUAUUCUGUCCUACAAAGGCAGAGAUCGGUGUCGACACUUUGUGAUAAGCCAGGGCGAAGAGGGACGGUUUAUAGUGUGCGGAGAGACAGAAGGGCACAACACUAUGUUCGAUCUAAUAGAACACUAUAAAACAAAACCCAUUGAGCCCUUUAGAGAGUACCUGACAUCUCCGUGCUUUGGGAAUCUCAAUGAGGAUCUCUAUGAUAUCAUCCAGGUCAGCCAUAAAGAAAAACCAGAAGCUCCUCUCAGAGCGGCGAAGAAACUACAUAGACAGCAGAUUAACUCAGUCACAGAGCAGCAUCCAGUGCGGGCACCAAGGAGCAGCAGAACCCAAGAGGAUGUACCACCUUUGCCACGGAGGACCAGGCAUGUUGAAAGCACCCCAGUCAGUGACAAUGAUGGGGUUCUGUAUGCUCAGCUUAGAAAGCAAACACCCAGGGAUGCACCUAGUGCCCGCCACACCUCCAAGGACAAGUCCCCAGGCCCUAAUCAAGGCAAAGCCGAUAGGCCGACUACCAAGGAGCAGAACAAUGGCAGGAGUAGUCCUUCAUUAGACCCUGAAUCGGUCUACUGUAAACUCAGUGUGCUUGAUAGCAAGUGCAUGUCCCUGCCUCUGCUGGACAGCCAUUCUGAUGGCGAGCAGUGUUACAGACUGAGCGUGCCUCCUGACACGCCACCAAGACUUUCCCCAAGGCCAGUCAGACAGGCCACUGGCGGCAUCUCACAGUCAAACAGCAGCCACAGCCUGGAUGGCCUGAGUGACCACUCGGUCUAUCACCUGGCUGGCAGCCACAGCCCAACACUUUCUGAAAACACAUCAUCCACAGAGCAGCUCAGCGACUCCCUGUACGCCGAGGUCUCCAUCGAAGCCCCUGUCAUUGAUAAUGACAGCACAUAUGAGAUCCUCCCCAACUACAAGGAGCCUGCCAAGCCCAAAGCCAACAGCAACACUCAUGAACCUGUGGAGGAGACCAAACGCAAAUAUAACAAUGGAUCCUGGGGGAUAAAGAAUGACAAAUGGAAAUGGCUUUUUCCCGAGACCAAGCGGAAAUGACAAACCAACUAACGAAGAAAAUGUUUACCUAAUUUUACUUACUUAACACUACUUUGCUACCUAUGAUGUAAUAUUUGAUUUCAAUGUAUAUUUAUUUUAAAUUGAUCAAAGUUACCCUCAUCCAUCUAAUUCAAUUUAUUAAAGCUAUUGAAAAGUUCUGAAACUGUUAUUACUAUUAAACUUAUUACAAUAAA